UCUGCACGCGAGUCAAAGUUUGGGCAGCAGCGAUGAGGUGAAAAGUGCCGCUGCGCGCCGAAGUGAAGCGGACGGACGGACCGAGUCUUCGAGCCGAGCGAUGGAUGAGUGCAGCCUGCAGGUCCAGGAGGUCGCCCUGAUUUGACGAUGGUCACCUGCUUUUCUGGGUCCAACAACUCCAGCGCGAGCGCCGGUUUACCUGCCUCCACCACGGCCAUGCUCGCGGCUCUGAUGGUCACUCUGGUGGUCGUGGUGGUGGCUGGAAACGCGUUGGUCAUCCUCGCGUUCGUCGUGGACAAGAGCCUCAGAAAUCAGAGCAAUUACUUCUUCCUCAAUUUGGCCAUAUCAGAUUUUCUUGUUGGGGCGUUCUGUAUCCCCGUCUACAUGCCCUAUAUCCUGACAGGCCGCUGGAUGCUGGGCCGAGGCCUCUGCAAGCUGUGGCUGGUGAUGGACUAUCUGCUGUGCACGGCUUCAGUCUUCAACAUCGUCCUCAUCAGCUACGACCGCUUCCUGUCUGUCACCAGAGCUGUGAGGUACAGGGCACAGCAGGGGAUGACCCGUCUGGCCGUGGGAAAGAUGUUGGCAGUGUGGCUGCUGGCCUUUCUCCUCUAUGGUCCGGCCAUCAUCUUCUGGGAGCAGGUGGCCGGGGAGAGCAUCGUUCCGGCGGAUGAGUGCUACGCCGAAUUCUACUGCACAUGGUACUUCCUGCUGAGCGCCUCCACCUUCGAGUUCUUCUCGCCCUUCAUCUCCGUGGCCUUCUUCAACCUCAGCAUCUACCUCAACAUCCAGCGGAGGAACCGGAGCCGGGCGGCCCGCCGGUGCAUCGAGAGAGAGGACGGCUGGCGGGUGGCGGAUGGUGCCCCGUCGUCUUCCUCAGCUGUCUUCUUCGUCAAAACGCGCAAGGUUUCCUCCAGCGAGCCGGCAGCCGUGUCUGCCGUCAUCGAAGAAGACGAGGAAAUCUCGCCUUCCUCAAGUGGAGGAGACCCCAGCAGUAGCCACUCUGUUUCUCUGUCCAUGAAGACCAUCAACAAGAAGAAAGGAGCUUUGGGUUGCUGGUUAAGGACGCGCAUGAUCCAAGCACAAAGUCCAUCCAACUCUUGCACCCCUUGCAGGACUGGAGGGCAUUCCCGCCUAUCCCGGGACAAGAAGAUUGCCAAGUCCCUGGCAGUGAUCGUGUGCGUUUUUGGGGUGUGCUGGGCUCCGUACACCCUGCUGAUGAUCAUCCGUGCGGCCUGCAGUGGCACGUGUGUAGAAUACCACUGGUAUGAGGUCACCUUCUGGCUUCUCUGGCUCAACUCAGCCAUCAACCCUUUCUUGUACCCACUCUGCCACAGCAGCUUCCGCAGGGCCUUUGCCAAGAUCCUUUGCCCGAAACGGCAGUCUGUGGGGCCGCAUGAGGAGAACCCAUCCUGCCAGUGAUGGAGUGAGUCCAGCGGAUGAUGUUUUGCACAGUUCUCAGUGAUUAUGCGUCAAAGCUGAGAGCAACAACCCGUAAGAUGAGGAACGCCCUAGAGAGGAAUUACUUUUGAGAAAAAUCAAUACAACAAAGGCAGCUUAAUUGUGUGGAGUGGUAACAGGUUUUCAUUUCUCCUCGAGAAAGCAAAGGAACCUUAUUAUGAAUUAGUAGCGUCAUUUCCUCGUUCUUUUCUUUGUUUCUUUCCAAACUACAAUAUCAGGAUUGACCGUCACUUUGUGAAAAACACAACUGCCUACUGACCCUUUUGACGAAUAUUGCAGCUGGAAAUCAGUGACAAAAGUGAUGCAUCCAUGUUUGUGCAUGUACAGGGCCUUCCAUCAGCUGUUUGGUUGGCCUUGAAAUUGAUGAUUGUGGAUUCUGCUUCGUGGACUGAAGAUGCACUCAGCUGGAGAAGCUCUGAGCUCCUAGAUUAGACCCUGCAUCAUGAUGCAGAGGAAUGCAGGAAAAUAAUGCACUGCUGUUUCUCCGGCUCUCUGUCUCGAAGCCCAGCAUGGCUUUGGAAAGACUUUAUCAGCUGCCCUCUGUGGUUCCCUGAAUGUAGUCUUGUGUUGUUCUUCAACGUGAGACAAACUGGUGUUAGUUUUGUCAUCUGUAAGGAAUGUGACUCGUGUUUUCACAAGUUUGAAUUACAAAACGGAAGGCGUGAACAGCCCAACUCGAACUUCAGCAGUGUUCUCUUGUUUAAGUCUCAGUCAUGGUUUAUAAAACAGAGUAACGCUCCACCAUAACAGGCCUUAAUAAACAGCAUAAUCAUUAUCUAAUGGUUUGUAGCCUCUCUGAGUCGGAUUUGGUCACAGUGGUGGUGAUGGGAACCGAACGUCUGAAGUGUUAAAUGUCUCUGAAAGCCCUUUCACAGGAAGCUAUUACAUGAAAUGUUUUGACUACUUUGUCUGAUGCCUGAGACGAUGUUUUAUGCUAGUUUUAAGGUAAGAUUGUGGACUAAAAUGUGUUUUUAAAACCCAGAGAGAUGUCUGCCAGCAAUUCUAAGGCAAAAUUGUACCUCAAGAAAACAUUUUUUUCAUAUUUAUUACUAUUUUACCAUUUUCAACAUUACAGGUAUAAACUCAGAAGACACAUCUUGGUUCACUGGUUGUUUUGGAGAGUAAAUAAAAUGGCUAUAUUUAUGUUGUAGACAUUGUGACCCCUGGUUCCUAUCAGCACCACUGUAAAGAAAUCUGAUUCUGUAAGUUUCUCUAAAAUCUCACACCAAACCACUCUGAAUGACUUUGUUUACAUCUCAGCUAUUGAAUUAUGCACAAAAUUUGAAAAAUCAAUGGAAUUCCCCUUUAAGUAGUUACUUAAUACCUAUUCCUAAUGCUCAGUUAAUCAUUUCUAAGUGGUUAAUAUGUACUUUUUAUACAUUGAUGAUCAUUCACUGGACCCAUAUUAUAAAGUGAGACUUUAUAAUGUAUUUAUAAAACUAUAUCAUAUUAUUUAUAACACUUAAAUAUAAUAUUUCUAACAAGCAUUUACAUUGGUUUAAUGUAUGUCACUGAGUAUAUGGUUAAUGGUAGCACAUAAUGCUUAAGUAACAAUGAUGUCAUUAUUAAAAACUAUUA